UGUAAACAUGACUGCGGCUCCUAAGCGGCAGGACACCCGCAAGUUCUUUGAGAACCUGUCCGGAGAAGGGAAGUCCAUCGCGGUGCUGACCAGCGGAGGAGAUGCUCAAGGCAUGAAUGCGGCGGUCCGGGCCGUCGUCCGGAUGGGCAUCUACGUGGAAGCCAAGGUCUACUUCAUCCACGAGGGUUACCAGGGGAUGGUGGACGGAGGAGACAACAUCAAAGAGGCGACGUGGGAAAGCGUCUCCAGCAUGCUGCAAGUGGGUGGUACAGUCAUCGGCAGCGCCCGCUGUAAGGAGUUUCGUUCCCGCGAGGGCCGCUUGAAAGCAGCGCACAACCUCGUGCAGCACAGCAUCACCAACCUGUGCGUGAUCGGAGGAGACGGCAGCCUGACCGGCGCCAACCUGUUCAGGGAGGAGUGGAGCGGUCUGCUGGACGAGCUGCUCCAACAAGGUCUGAUCGAUAAGGAGGCAGCCUGCAGUAACUCCACGCUCCACAUCGUCGGCAUGGUCGGCUCCAUCGACAACGACUUCUGCGGCACCGACAUGACCAUCGGCACGGACUCGGCUCUGCACAGGAUCAUCGAGGUGGUGGACGCCAUCAUGACCACCGCUCAGAGCCACCAGAGGACAUUUGUGCUGGAGGUCAUGGGCAGACACUGCGGAUACCUGGCCCUGGUCAGUGCUCUGGCUUGCGGUGCAGACUGGGUCUUCAUCCCAGAAAUGCCUCCUGAAGAUGGCUGGGAGGACAACAUGUGUCAGAAACUGUCUGAGAACCGUGCUGAUAAGAAGCGUCUGAACAUUAUUAUUGUAGCUGAGGGAGCCAUAGACUCCCACAACAAGGCAAUAACUCCUGAUUAUAUCAAGGAUCUGGUAGUACGCUGCCUUGGUUUUGACACCAGGGUCACCAUCUUGGGCCACGUGCAGAGAGGUGGGACCCCCUCUGCCUUUGACAGGAUCCUGGCCAGCCGUAUGGGCGUGGAGGCGGUGUUGGCGUUACUGGAGGCCUCUGCCACCACCCCCGCCUGCGUUGUGUCUCUGGUUGGCAACCAGGCAGUUCGACUUCCACUUAUGGAGUGUGUUCAGAUGACACAAGAGGUACAGAAGGCCAUGGAUGAGAAGAAGUUUGAAGAGGCAGUGAGACUGCGUGGCAGGAGCUUUGAAAACAACCUGAGCACCUACAGACUCCUCUCCCACCGGAAAGCCGAUUCCGAGCUUCCAAAUAGCUCCUUUAACGUUGCCGUGCUGAACGUCGGCGCCCCGGCAGCGGGUAUGAACGCCGCCGUGCGUUCUGCUGUCAGAGUGGGAAUCACUGAGGGCCACAAAAUGUUUGCAGUCAGCGACGGCUUCGAGGGAUUCUACAAGGGACAGAUCAAGGAGAUCAAGUGGGGGGAUGUCGGUGGUUGGACCGGCCAAGGAGGCUCCCUGCUGGGGACAAAACGAACUCUACCAGGUAAACAUCUGGAGAAGAUUGCUGAGCAGAUUAAGAUCCAUAACAUCAACGCCCUGCUGGUCAUCGGAGGAUUUGAGGCCUUUGAGUCCCUGCUGCAGCUGUACGAGGCCCGGGCCGACCACGAGGAGUUUUGCAUCCCGAUGUGCAUGCUGCCUGCUACCAUUAGUAACAAUAUGUGCGGCACCGACCUCAGUAUCGGAGCUGACACGUCCCUCAACGCCAUCGUGGAGACAUGCGAUCGCAUCAAGCAGUCAGCCAGCGGCACCAAGCGGCGGGUCUUCAUCAUCGAGACCAUGGGCGGCUACUGUGGCUACCUCGCCACCGUGGGCGGUCUGGCCGCCGGCGCCGACACCGUCUACAUCUACGAGGAACCGUUUGACAUCCGGGACCUGCAGGCCAACGUGGAGCAUCUGACACAGAAGAUGAAGACGAGCAUCCAGAGAGGCUUAGUGCUCAGAAACGAGAACUCCAACGAGAACUACACCACCGACUUCAUCUACCAGCUGUACACCGAGGAGGGACGAGGAGUGUUUGACUGCAGGAAGAACAUCCUCGGUCACAUGCAGCAGGGAGGAGCUCCUUCACCGUUCGAUAGAAACUUUGGCACCAAAGUUGCUGCUAAAGCCAUUCAGUGGAUCACACGGACGCUCAAGGAGUCCUACAAAGGAGGGCGAGUGUUUGCUAACUCAGAGGACACUGCCUGCCUGUUGGGGAUGCGUCGCAGAGCUCUGGUCUUUCAGCCUGUGGCACAGCUCCGGGACGAGACUGACUUUGUCCACAGGAUCCCUAAAGAGCAGUGGUGGCUGAAGCUCCGUCCGCUCAUGAAGAUCCUGGCCAAGUACAAGACCAGCUACGACGUGUCCGACUCCGGCCAGCUGGAACACGUGACCCGCGUGAGACCCAAAGAGACCAAAGCCUCGGAGGCCGUCUGAACCGCGGCACCGCUGCAGACAUGUUCACAGAGGAGUGACCGCCACUCAAACAAUCACUGAUCGACACACGCUGAUUGAGUGCAGAUACAUUAAAGUAGAUUUAUUCAAAGAUAGAUGGUAAUUUAAAAAAAAGAAAAAGUUGUAUUGUGAAAGCAUGGCACUUUAUAGAAGGGAUCUUCUAUUUUUUAGAUAAUGAUGGAGAAGAUUUAGAUAAUGACAGAUUACAUUUGAGGGUAGGUCAUUUUGAACAGAGUUUCAACAAACUAUCAGAGCUGACAUUGUAUUUUCCAGACCCCCAAAUAUUUAUUUAAGCACUCCUUAUUAUGUACUGUAUAAGUAUUCAAGUUUUAGUCCUGAACUUGUAGCCAUAUCAAAUUUCUUUCUUUCACCACCUGGUUGAGCGUAACUGCAGCGAGGCGGAGGUGGGUGGCGUCAGGCUUUUUGUCAUUUUUAUUAUCUUCUACAGCACUUUGAGCCCCGUAUUCAAUGUUCUCCCCCAAAGCUGCUUUUAAAGAGAUCACAUAAACCAGGAGGAUCACACGUUGUCAAUCUGACGCCUGUUCACACCUCGAAGAAAUGUCUACCAACCUGAUUGUAAAACUGAAAUAGUGACCUACAGGAGGAGAAGUGAGCUGAGCUGGCCGUGUGUGUGUGUGUGCAUGUGUGUCCUGUCACCUGCUAACUGUGUGUAUGAGUGUGUGUGUGUGUGUGUGUGUGUGUGUGGUGUUGCCUUAGCCGUUUGUAUCCACCCUGGGCUUUUGUAUUUGGCAUCUUUGUCGUGGUUUUGUGAGUAGGGUCCUGCUGUUACUGUAGUUUGGCAAAGAAGUGGAAAAUGACUGAAACUUGAAAUACGCAACAUUACCUUUAUGUGCUGCCUGUGUGUUGUGUGUGUCCUGUCACAGAGUAAUAAAGCAUUUAUUGUGUGGAAAGUUAUGAAAUUGUGUUUGUCAUUGAGAUUUUAUAAGAUACAUUUUGGGUUUGUUGCUUUCUUGUACAGACUGCUAACCUUGUCUGUCCAAAUGUAACACAAUCCGAUUACCAACCAUCUUAUCUGUGCAAAAAAAGUGUAAAUUCCAAAAAGUCAGAAUUCAUAGUAUAGGUUGUCUUAAUAAAUGCAUACAGAAUUCAAAGUAUGUCAUGAAAAAAUGUUAAACCAAAAAUAGGAUAUGUCAUGAAAAUCAUAGUAUACUAUGUCUUAAAAAUCAUAGUAUAUUAUGGCAUAAUUAUGUCAUAAGUCAUAACAUAGUCAUAGAAAAGUCAUAGUAGAAAUUGUAUAGCAUGCAUAACAUUUUCAUAAAAUCAGUGUAUUAUGUGACGAAAAUGUCAUUGUAAACUAUGUCAUGAAGUC